UGACCGACUGACAGGCCUAUCGCCAACCGUUCCCUCCCCCGCCCGGCCCACAUACCGUUAUCUUCAUUCUUCAUCACAACAUCUUCAAUGAAUCUGAUGUGAUGCCCUGGAAUGUUAUGGAUCGUGAAACAUGUGUUGAGAAUGGCUCUACUUUUUGCCACUCCACUGGGCAAUACACAGAAAUAGAGGGGUUAAAAUAAGGACCUGUCCUGUAGCCAGCUGCAGUGGUGUGUAUACUGUGUGAAAUGUGGGAUCAAGCUACCAAGUGAAAGAGUAAAGAGAAUACCAGCACAAGAUUUGAAACCUCAACAGACACAAUCGUCAAGAUGUCAGGCCGAGAAAUGAAGGCGGAGCUGACGUGCCCUAUCUGUAUGGAGCUGUUCCGUCAGCCGCGACGCCUGCCCUGUGGUCAUUCCUACUGCCACGUGUGCAUCAAGGCCAUGCUGGAGAGCAAGGCAGUGGAAAGCGGGUCGUACUUCAACUAUUCACGGCCCUUGGUGUGCCCAGAGUGUAGGGAUGAGGUUAACGUUGAUUUUAUUAAAGGGAUCGAAGGGCUGCCCGUGGAUUUCAAGCUAUCCAAACUAGUGGAUUUGUUUCAGUUCAUGAAGAUAAAUGACGACAGCGACGACAGUGACCAGCGUCCACCGCAGUCUGUACCGUGCCCCCAGACCCCGUCGUCUGCCAGGUUGGGCUUUGUGAGAGAAGACAGUAGCUCCACCUCACUUCCUGCCACGCCCACCACGCUCGGGGCGACCGCGGGAACGCUGCGGCUUGGAGUGGCCGGCGAUCGACCUGUGGGGGCAACAGCUGGGGAUGACCGGCCGCUAGGAUUGUCGACAAACACGUCGGCUGCUGCUCCAACAGUUUUCUCAACGUCGUCUGCUACGUCUACGAAAUCGACCGCACUCCCCGCUGUGUCAGAGUCCGAUAAAACGGAUGCCGGUUUGGUUUCGUCUUUUUCAGAUCCGGAUCAGAGACGGAGUGAAGACGGGGAUCGUCGUGUCUCUCCUAGUAUCGCCCAGAGACCAGGGUCUGAUGGUGUGUCAGCUGACGAGAGAAGUAGGGGUCGAGGGUUGGAGGUUGUGAACCGCGAGAGAGUGGAAGAAGAGAGAGAUAACUCCGUCUUGUCAGACUCUGACUUGGGGGCUGUUGGUGGCUUUCUGGAUGCGUGUCAUGUAGCAGGCUUGGACCAGCCGGGGGAUAGUCCCUCUCGUGUGACCGACCAACGUUUGAGGAGUCAGGUUUUUGACAGGGAAGUUUACAGAGAUGCUGACGAUGUUGUGGUGAGAGAACGGAGCGAGAGAGAGGAGCAGAGAGCUCUUCCAUCAGCAGCGAAGCCGAGAUCGUCCGUGACACGUCGGUACAGCUCGGAACGAAGGCCCCAUUUUAAAAGAGCUGAGCAUUCAGGUGUUCCGGAGGACCGCACUCCCUCACUGUCCUCCCACCUCUCAGCUUCUCUCCCCGUGGUCGCUCGGUCAGAGGGGAAACAACCAAGUAAGAGUCACUUGUUCACGGGAUCGGACACCUCAUCGGUGGUGGAGAGGUGUAUAUCUCGGGCCCACAGCGUCCCUGUCGAGUCGGAGGGGAGAAGGGAAGAGGAGGAGGCGGAGCAGAACUUGUCUGAGAGGGGAAGUGAGCGAGGGAGAACUAGGGAAGGUGGAGACUUUACUGGCGUGUCAGCCGAUGGGUGUGGUGCCAAUGUAUCUGUAACGGCAGACGCGGGGGGUCGAGAAAGUCAGCGGAAACUUGCACAGAAAUCUGGGGCGAGGAGGAAGAAGUGGUUCCCGUCGUCGGACUCUAGCGACGAGUCGUCAAGCAGCAGUGACAGCCGCGAGAGGAGAAGGAGGGUCCCGGCGGGGCCGAGCGGCCGAGGCAAGCGGAAGCGAUGGCUAAUGGCCCGGUUCUUCAGGUCCAUGCUGCUGUCUGACACGAGUUCCUCUGACUACAGCGACGACGCCGUCAACCAACAAACUUCUCACGGCCGCACUCUCAGCAGACAUCCUGAGUCCAGACACGUUCAUGAAGGAAACAAGCAUUUCUUAUCCUCACACGAUCCUGAAACAACUCCGAUAAGUUCUCAAGAUCCUCAUACGGUGAGGAGGUCUUCUCAGGAGAAUUUAACUCGUAGAAACGGGCAGCUCACGCCAAGAGUGGCGGAUGCGUGUACCGGGAGACAGGGGGAGACAACUGGUGCCGACGCCACUCAGACGUCACAGACAGGUGGUGGUGAGGCCGCAGAGGAAUCUGUUUGUAAGGGUGCAGUGGGGCCCCAGCUUGAGUGGGCGGAGCGGAGUGUAGCGGGGAAGCAGGAAGUGGGCGCGACAAGCAGGAGCGCGAGUGCUUCGAUAGACUCCAGGACUCUGGUGAAAACUCCUGUGCCUGGCAGGUCUGUGAGAUCGGAACACAGUUCAGUCGCGGGAGAUGAAGUUCUAAAUUCAAAAGGAGAUGCUGAUGCCUUGGUGAAUUCUACCACUCUCGUGAAGACUCCUGCAACACCUGUUAGAUCUAAGAGAAUUGUCACAGAAGGAGAAGUAGGGACUUUAGGAGGAGGUGGUAACAACUCCGUCAACUCCAACACUCUUGUCAAGACUCUUCUGCCUGCUGGGCGUGUUAGCGCUGAUGGGAAUGCUAUUGAGUCCGAGGACGGUGUGAUUCUAGGAGCAAACAGUGGCACUGUGAGGAGGGAAACACCUAAAGGAGAUUCUCAAAAAUUGGAAAAUCGUCUUCUUGGGGCAGAGUCAACAAGAGCUCGAGAUACAAAUUGCACGUCUGAGAGAUUAAGGGGAAGCCAAGAAGGAGAAAGACGGAAAUCUGUUGAGAGUGGUGUUCCUGGUGAUAGGGGUUUGAGACAUCAGAACAGAGUUCAACAUUCUGGUUCAAGCUUUGGCGUGACUCUUUACGAUAACGCUGGCACAGACACCGUAUUCGUGUCUUCUGUUCCUGAACUAUCGAGGUACGACAACACAGGGACAGACAGUGUCCUUGCGUUGUCAAUACCCGAGCCUUCACGGUACGAGAACAUCCGCAGAAGCCAGUCAGAUCAGGUAUUGGUGAGGAGUCCAGAUUUUGACCCGUGUGGAGAGAGGUUUGGACGUAGCGGUAGGGAGGAGCCUCCGCUGUCACCCCCGACACGUAGUGUGCCUGCUGGAAGGACGUUGUAUGACAAUGUAGAUAACAGCGAGCUGGUGCUGAACCAAGGACAGUCCUCACCUCCGUAUCGGACUUCUGUGUUACAACCUCCCAACUUCACUCGCUCCGUGACGGAGAUUGAGGAAUUGAAAACUGGUUUGGAGCAUUUAGAGGCGAGACACGGGUCUGCGAACACCGUGAGACCGGAGGAGGUUGAUCUGCGUGGAGAUUCGUGUUUUCUCGAGCGACCUUUUGUGCACGACGACGCAUAUGGUGCUAGGGAUGUGAACCCCGAGCAUGAAUAUCAUCUGAAAGACGAGAACUACACGGAGCAGCAUCCCACUGAGCUCGAGCCAGAUGGGGAGGGUUCGGGUUCCUACGACAACAUGGUCACGGACGAGUGGCAAGAGGAAUUAACUCAUCCAGAAAACCUCCACCUCACAGCUUUGUCAGACGUUCACAUAGACGGUAUUGCUGCUGACGUCUUUUGUGACCGUUUGUCCUUGUCGCACAUUGAGGACAGACAAGAGCGGUCGGGCUCCUCCGAUACAGUUCGUCAAUUAGCGACUGCUCAGCGUCUCAGCAGUAGCAACUCGACGGGCGACACGCAAGCAGAACGGCAGGUAGAUAUCACAAUAGGGGCGAAUGCUGAUGGUUGUUUGCGUUUUGUAGAUAAUUACUUCGGAGAUAGGGUCUCAGACUCAACAACGAACAAGAUGGAGAACAGCAACGGAGGGCCAGGAAAAUCUGAUGACUCUCGUAAAGUUUCUGCUCCUGGGGGGGUUGUGGGUGCAGAAUCUCCCGGGGCGUUGAGAAAUUUGUCGGGGGCGUCUGCGACUGCUACUGGUGUUCCUUGUGAAGAAAGCCGGUCGACACGAGCAGUGUCUCCGAGUUGCCCGUCUCAGACUGGCGGGGAAGACAGACUUAACCCUGCACAGCAGCUACAGCAGUCAGGCGCUCAGCGUUGCCGGGACUCGAACUCUGCUCUUACAGAUAGCAGCGGUGGUGGUGGUGGUGGUGGUAGUGCUGCAGGAAAAGAGAGCCGAGGUAAAAAUGUAGAUGACAACGAGGAGGAGGAUGAUGACGAUGAUGGCUCCCACUCCGGGACCUCCAUGCUGAAGAACAAGAAAAAGCCGCGGUCGAAGCUCAAGAAAUUUCUGACUUCUCUCCUAUCCCUGUCCUCUUCCUCAGAGGAGGACGAUGAUCACUACGACACGAGGACGUCUUCUUCCAAAUCUUCCGACUGGUGAAUGUUGAGGAACACUACUUGUAUGUUUAACACUUUGAUGCAUUUAUUGGAAAACACAGCGUGCAAUUUUUUAACUUAGAAGUUUGAGAUUAUCUGUUUUAUCAUGGUCUGGGUUAAAUAGUUUGUAUUACAUUACUCCAUUAUGAUCAAAUAGUUUCGCAUUAUUCCAUUAUGAUCAAACAAUUUGUAUCGCAUUAUUCCAUCCUGAUCCAACAGUUUGUAUCGCAUUAUUCCAUUAUCUGCUAAGGCUGUGUUUAUAGGUCGUGUGGUUGUGUGAGUUUCUGAAGGGACAGUGAAUGUAUGUUAUUGUAUUUCUCUAGUUCUGCAAAGAUGUCUAGGGAUCUAAAGAAACAGUUUUGUGACAUGAGUUAUUGUUGAAAAACCUUUCAACAUCACAAGCAGAGACAUGGUGAGAAACCGGAUUGUCAGAGAACAAGUUAGCUCAACUCCUUGCUUGGAGUAUGUGCAUAAACAAAUGAAGUACAAAUGUAGUUUGGACAUUUGUCAAGACUACCACCGGACAUUAUGGCAGUGAGAGCAGACAAAAGGAUAAAUUUUGUCCCAUGCACUGUUGGGUUUGAAAUGUAAACAUAUCCACCACCGUUAUUUUGUUAGAGAUGUGAAUAGAGAGUAACAUACAAAAACAUAAAGUAGGAAGAUAAUGAUGAUAGAUAAUUGAAAGGUAAGAAGGGGCGAACCACACCAGAGCACCUGCUUACCACCCGUCUUCCUCCCCUCUCGCCGGAAUGGUAAGAAACUUAGACUUAUGAGGUAUGCAUAUCUUUCUGCUCAUAGUAAGGUUGAGGAGCUUUACUGUGCUGUACUACAGCGGAGACUUGUACCGUACAAGAAACAAGCGUGGAUAAUCAUGGAACCCCAGACCUGAAGGCAGAUUGUCGGAACGGAAAAUAAUUUUCUUCAAAUUGCAAAGAUACAGUUCUCCCACUAUGCAUGGAAGUAUAAUUAUUUGAUGGAAAUAUGGUGCUGAACUUGGUUGAGAUGUGAUUUGUAUUUAUUCAAGAGUUACGCCAUUAUUUAGAACGCUCAUGUCUUUUGCUUUUUGGACAAUCUUUGUCAUAUGAACCUUUUACAUUUAGCAGUAGCAGCGUUAUCGUGCAUCUGAUGAUGUGAGUGAUGGGAGUGGAUGAGUGGAUGUUUAGUGGAGUCUGCUCACAUGGAAUACUGUGAGGUUGCCAAACUUUCUUCUGUUUAGACAGGUUUUCGGUUUCGAGAGGGUGCUGAAACAGGAGAGAAAAAAAAAUCGGGGAUUUUUAUUUCUUUCGCUCUGCUGCUAUUUUUAGAUUAAUUGUGCUCGGUGUGAGCGGACUCCAAUAUAUUAUUUUAUGGCUCAUUUGUACAAAAAUAAUUUCAUUUCUCAUGUUGUGCUGUUGUCUCCGUUAACAGCCGCCCGUCACUGCCGCUUUGUUUUCAGGAAGGUCAACCAGCGCCUCUGGUGUAGCGGUUAGGCUCUUUGCCGUCACAUACAGGAGACCUGAGGUUAAUUUCUGUGAGGUUGAGAGUUUUUAUUGAGCGUCUUGGUCUUUCAGUUGGAAUGUUGUUUCCCUCUCAGUGGGGGUUGGCCUUGACUGUCAGGGUCGGAAGCCCACCCCUAAAUUAAUCUUUAUUUCGUCAAAGGGGCCGUAAAAGCACCUGCCUCCUUUUAAAAAGAGUCCUCACAGGUGGUCAGAAAUGAUUGCGUGUCAGAACGGUGACCUUGAACCUGUGUGUGAGGACCUAUAGUGCGGUCAAAAAUUCGUAGCGCAACUUAUCCUCAAAUAUCUCUUUAACGGGUAAAUCAAUGUCACUUAC